GCCACAAUUUUCUCGUCAACCGUGAAAAAAAAAAAACUGAAACCUGGUCUAUUCUUUGUAUUUUCAGGAGAUCAAACAACCCACAAAAGCUCAAAAACCUUCAAUAUUGCCCCCAAUCCCCUUUAACCAUAUACCAUCGUAGAUCUCCGUCGCUUCUAUUUUCGAACUUUCUUCCCUCUUUCUGCAACUGCAUAUAUACAUUAUAUAUCCAUGUAUAUCUGUGAUUUCUCUCUCGCUCUCUAUGUCUCCAUAUUAAUUUUUUCUCACUAAUAUUGUUAGGACAUUGGAAGAAUAAGGAUGCAACUUGCGAUCACAACCUAAAAUAUUAUACUUUUGUUGUUCCUCUCAAUCUCAUUCUGUAGCGAAGGAAGUCAGAAUCUUUUUUUGUCUGAUUCUGGGUUUUCCGAAAAUAUCGAACUCACCCGUACGUUCAAGAUCUGUUUUUUCGUCACUGCCCAAUGCAAUCCCAAAAUUUCCACCCUGCUCCAGACUUCUACGACGUGGGGAUCAUUUAGAGUGUCUCAUAUUGCUCCGUUUUCCCUCCUGGUUCAUGACUAUAAGAUCUCGGGUUCUUUACCGCUCACCUCGUUUGAAUUUUUCGUAGUCGUCUAUAUCAAUUUAACCCUUGAUGGGUGUUUGAUCUGAAAGCCCCGGGUCUUUGGUUGAUAUUCUCAAGACCGCCAUCAUGUUGAAGCAAAUUCUCAGUAAACUCCCACGGAACAAGUCAUCGUCGAAAUCCGACUCUCCCCGGUCCAACUCGGCUCGUACUCCGCGAUCCAACGGCGGGACUUCGUCCCCCUCAUCCGCGUCGGUCAGAUCCAACAACGCGACGAAACGCACGGCGGUGUUCCCAGCCAGCGUUGUGGCCGGUAUCGAGCCCCUGGUGCCCUUCGGGGACGUGCCCAACGCCGAGAAGAUGAACCUCUUCGUGAGCAAGGUCAGCCUUUGCUGCGUCACCUUUGAUUUCACCGACCCGUCGAAGAACUCGGUCGAGAAGGACUUGAAGAGACAGACCCUGAUCGAGCUCGUCGACUUCGUGGCAUCCGGGUCGACCCGGUUCACAGAGUCCGCCAUCUUCGCCAUGUGUAGAAUGUGCGCCGCCAACCUCUUCAGGGUUUUUCCGCCCAAUUACCGAUCCAACUUGACCGGCGGCGAGAACGACGACGACGAGCCGAUGUUCGACCCUGCCUGGCCGCAUUUGCAUUUGGUGUACGAUUUACUGCUUAGAUUCAUCACCUCCUCGUGCCUCGACAGCAAGGUAGCGAAGAAGUACAUAGACCAUUCAUUUAUACUGAGGUUGCUCGAGCUCCUUGAUUCCGAGGAUCCCAGAGAAAGGGAGUGCCUGAAAACCAUUCUGCAUAGGGUUUAUGGGAAAUUCAUGACUCAUAGACCUUUCAUUCGAAAGGCUAUCAACAACGUGUUUUAUAGAUUUGUGUUUGAGACCGAGAGACACAAUGGGAUUCCCGAGUUGUUAGAGAUUUUUGGGAGCAUAAUUAGUGGGUUUGCUUUGCCUUUGAAAGAGGAGCAUAAGAUAUUUAUACGGAGGGUGUUGGUUCCGCUGCACAAGCCGAAGUACGCGGGGCUUUACUUUCAUCAAUUGUCCUACUGCGUCACUCAGUUUAUAGAGAAGGACCCCAAGUUGACGAGUAUGGUGCUAAGGGGAUUGUUGAAGUACUGGCCGGUGUCGAACAGUCAGAAGGAGGUGAUGUUUUUGGGUGAGAUAGAGGAGAUUUUGGAAGCAAUCAACAUGGUGGAAUUCCAGAGAGUCAUGGUGCCGUUGUUCUGGCGGAUUGGAUGCUGCAUUAGCAGUUUCCACUUCCAGGUCGCGGAAAGGGCCCUUUUCUUGUGGAACAAUGAUCACAUUGUCAACUUGAUUGCACAUAACCGGAUUGUGAUUCUUCCUGUGGUAUUUCCAGCCUUAGAGAGGAAUGCCCAGACCCACUGGAACCAAGCAGUGCUCAACUUAAGUUCAAAUGUUAGAAAGAUGUUCAUGGAGAUGGACGAGGAGCUUUUUGCCUCCUGUCAUGCUCACUUUAAGGAGCAAGAAGCAAAGCUAAGCUUGGAAGCUGAAAAGCGGAAGGAAGCAUGGGAGCGACUUGAGAAAAAAGCCAGUAUCCAGCCAAUAACCGGAAAUGCUGCUGUUCUGGUAGCUCCUUUGGCAACCUCAAUUGCCUGUUAAGUGCCGUUACAAAUCCAUUUUCUCAUUCUCAAGGUUUCCUUUCUUCUCUUUUCCUGAUGUUACUGCUAGGAAACCAGAAGAAAUGGGACUUAAACAGAAAUGUACUAAAACGGCUGUUAUUUGGGUUAAAAGAAUUUAUUUUUUUAAUGACAGCCCAGCUGUAACUUUAGUUUUGAUCCUAUAUUUUCCAUUGCUACCGUGGGGGAAGAGGUGUUAGGAACUUAGGCUGCUUCCUCUAAAAGGUUAUGGGAAGGGCCAUGCUUUUGAUUAUAAGAUUCUGUAACCAACUGAUGCCUUAUUAAAAAAUCCAGAUUCCAGAUCUCAUUUUGAUGAUCUGACAUUAUCCUAA